CAAGACAUGACAGUCUAGCACGAUGCUGUCAACCAGAAAGUUGAGAAUUGUUCCUGUCCUGAGGUGUAUCUAUGUGUUGAAUGCUAGCAACGUACUUAACAGCACAUGUUGUCAAUAAACGACUGCACCGCGUAAAGCAUGUUACGUUGUUCGGCCUGACUACCAUGACAUCCAGAACACAGAAAUAUUCGAAUACGCUUGUUCGACACGUUUCCGCAAUUGACUGGACCACGACAGAAUACGGACAAGAGACACCGUAAGGAAGAUGUGUUGGUACUGUAACAUACGUGUUCCAAGUAGGCGGCGCUAGACACGCGAAGGACUAUAUAAAAUAGAACUUGAAACCUCUUGAAACUUGACCACCACCGCCAAGUACUCAUUCGACGCGUUCCUUCCUCUAGUAAUGUCCUCCUCUGCCUUUGCCGAUCGCCCUCAAAAGAAACUCGUGCUCUUCGAUGUUGACGGCACACUCACACCUGCUCGGCAGUCAGCAACUCCAGAGAUUAUCGAGUUACUGCGGGCGUUGCGCAAGAAAGUAGUCAUCGGAGUUGUCGGUGGUUCAGAUUUUGUCAAGAUCUCAGAACAAUUGUUUGUAGCAGGCAGCUCAGCCGUCGAGGAGUUUGACUACACAUUCGCCGAGAACGGUCUGACUGCGUACAAGUUGGGCAAAACACUUCCAUCGCAGUCGUUCAUCAAGUUCCUCGGAGAAGACAAAUAUAAAGUGCUUGUCAACUUCAUCUUGCACUAUCUUGCCGAUCUGGACAUUCCGAUCAAACGUUGGUUCUGCAGAGGAACUUUCAUUGAAUUCAGGAAUGGAAUGGUCAACGUUAGCCCAAUAGGCCGUAAUGCGACUACAGCUGAGCGUCACGAGUUUGAAGCCUAUGACAAGAAAGCUGGUGUGCGUGCAGCAUUUGUGAAGGUCCUCCAAGAGAAGUUCGCGGACUAUGGUCUUACGUUUUCUAUUGGCGGACAAAUAUCAUUCGACAUUUUCCCUACCGGAUGGGACAAGACAUACUGUCUGCAACACGUCGAGGACGAGCAGUUCGAGGAAAUUCACUUCUUUGGUGACAAGACCCACAAGGGAGGAAAUGACUAUGAGAUCUACUCUGAUUCUCGUACAAUCGGACAUUCUGUCUCAAGUCCGGCAGAUACCAUGCAACUUCUCAAAGAGCUGUUCUUCGAGGUCUAAGCAACGCUUUCCGUUUCAUAUUGGGUCAUUGGACUUUUAGAAUCACUGAAUGGAUUAGAAACCAACAACUGUAACUCUGCACUAGAACCAAAGGGAUUUCUCAACCGGAAUUCAAACAUACCCAUUGCCAGCCCUCCCCAUCGCACUGCUUGUUGUGCCGUCGAACCACAGUAUGAAAGAAAAAGAGGAGGCCUCCGUUAAUUCUGUGCAUUUGUGUCGCUAAAAGGAAUCGCAGUCUCGAUUGAUAUAUAUUACUGGCAAUAGUAUCUGAAGAUUCACUCUGGUUAUAACAAUACUAUUUCAUUGACUCUCAUCACACAGUCCCAUUUCUCGUGUAUGAAUGCCCUGAUGCUUGAUUUUCCAAUGCUAGCAACCUACUCGAAAUACAACGGGUAGACUAAAA